AUCGAUCAUACAAGAGAGAGAGAGAGAAAGAGACGCAUACCGCAGCAGCCACAUCAACAACACGUCAAACUUCAAGGAUCAUCCGAUCUACCUGAAAACCUGGAGUCGGCUACCUGAACCUUCAGCUUUCGAUCAUUAUUAUCAAUUUGAUCAUUGUUCCUCCUUCGAAGCAGAGUGUUCUAUGGCCAAAUCAUUCCAUUGUUCCGAAUAAUUCAAGUUCUCCUUUGUUAUUGUAUCAAAGCAAAGAACCAUGGAUUGCUGCUGCUUUGGCAGUUCAAGUACUAGCACAAGAAGGAAUUACGGUCGUACAUUGCAAGAACUAGAAGGAAAUCCAAUUGGAAACACUAGAUCUUUUCCCUACAACGUGUUGAGAGUAGCAACGAACAAUUUUAACAGGAGCAACAAGAUCGGCCGAGGAGGUUUUGGAGUUGUAUACAUGGGCAUACUAAAAAACGGCACACCAGUAGCUGUAAAAACACUUUCUGCCGGAUCAAAACAAGGGGUAAAAGAAUUUUUGACAGAGAUUACCACAAUAGCAAAUGUCAGACAUCAAAAUCUUGUUGAGUUGAUAGGGUGUUGCAGUGAAGGAACUAACCGGAUUUUGGUGUAUGAAUAUUUAGAAAACAAGAGUCUUGACAAUGCAUUGAUUGGGAAAACGAUAAAGCUGGAUUGGAAUAAAAGAAGUGGCAUUUGCGUAGGAACUGCCAGAGGACUUGCAUAUCUUCACGAGGAAGUUGAGCCACAUAUAGUACACAGGGACAUAAAAGCUAGUAACAUACUGCUUGACCAAGACUGUAAUCCAAAAAUCGGUGAUUUUGGGUUGGCUAAACUCUUCCCAGAUGAUAUUACGCAUAUUAGUACAAAGAUAGCUGGGACAACAGGUUAUUUGGCACCUGAGUAUAUGCUUGGUGGUCAGCUAACUAGGAAGGCUGAUGUGUACAGUUAUGGUGUCUUGGUACUGGAAAUAAUAAGUGGGAGGAGCAGUACAAAGUCCAACUGGAGUGGAGAUCAAAAGCUUCUCCUUGAAUUGGCAUGGGAACUGUACUUGGAAGGUAAACUAUUGGAGCUGGUGGAUCCAGAAAUGGGGCAAUUAUUCCCAAAGGAACAAGUAAUAAAAUAUGCAAAAAUUGCCCUGUUUUGUGUUCAAGCAACAGCAACAAGAAGGCCAAUGAUGAGCCAGGUUUUGGAAAUGCUAACAAGAGACAUCAAAAUAAACGAAAACCAACUUACUCCACCCGGUUUCUUCCAUGAGUCGACCGAUCAACCUUCUUCUUCUAGUCAAACUAAGAAGGUUUCCGGAAUCACUACUAGCUACAAUAUGACCUCUGUCCCAACCACCAUCACUCAGGUCACUCCUAGAUAAUGAACAAAACCAU